AUGGCUUCAACGGAGGUUUCCAAGGUUCCAAACAAGGUAUAUGGCACCUUGAACAAGCUGCCUGCUAUUUCAGAAGGCGCCCGUGUCGAGAAACGCCCCUUAACCAGGCGCCAGCCUCCAGCAUCAUCCAAAUCUCGCAUCAUCUACGUGUCGUCAAAGACACCAUUCAUGGCUGUGGUCAAACGCGCCCGUAAACAACUUGACGCCUCACUCAAGACCACUGGCGCAGCACCAAAGCACGCGUCCUUACAUUCGCGUGUCGAGGCGCUGCAGCGAACUAGCGGUGGAGAUGCGGAUAGUGCUGUCGUGACACUCACUGGAACGGGCAAAGCCAUUGAGAAGACCCUCGCCGUCGCGAGUUGGUUUGAGCAGGAGGGAGACUGCGAGGUGGAGAUCACGACAGGAACCGUCGGCACCGUGGAUGAUGUGGUGGCCGGUGGAGACGAGGAGGAUCAGAGUCGCCUGAGGAAGCUUAGUUGUCUGGAAGUUCGGAUUAAGCUCAAGUGA